AAUUAAUAGAUUGAAAAAUACAACAAAAUGAAAGCUCUGUAUAUCUCGAGGCAACGCUCACAGGCAUGUUUUGAAUAUUUUUUUCCUUAUGAACGAAAAUACUAAAAUAAUGAUAAGAUAAGGAGAUAAUUAUUAGCUAUAGUUAAGAUAUGUACCUAUCUAAUCUGUUAAACCUCUUGAGGCGUAGGUAUAAAUGUGUGUGCAAGCUGCCUCAUAGACGAAUAUUCUCACCAUGUAUUUUAAACUUGUAUUGGUUUCAGUUGUUCUCGUGUGUGUAGGUGUUGUCUCAGGUUCUCAAACCUCAAGGAAGUGCUAUUCUUGCGAAGCUAAUUCGUUGGAGUCCUCUGAUGUUGACUUUAAGCAAUGUCGUAGCUUUGUUAAUCUUACCGCAACUACGAGUUGUCCAAACGGAAAAUGCAUAUUUUAUCUUGAAGAAUAUCUAGGCGGCAGCUAUAACAAACAGAUCGUUUAUAAUACGGUGAGAUUAUGUCAUAUCUAUGAUUGUAACUACCUGAAGCAAAAUGGCCGCGGAAAGAAACACUGUGUGGAGUGCGACAGCGACUACUGCAAUACUAGCAAAUAUUGAUCAAUACGACCAAAUCUCUACAAGGAUUGUGAACAUUAUUGUCUGCACACUACUACCACCAUUUUGUUAUUGUUCAUUAUUAUUUUUGUUCUUUUUUCUUUGACAUGAUCCUCUAAACUAAACUGUAAAAUGAAAUAA